GUCUCUCUUUCCUGACGAUAUUAUUUAUCCGGGAUUCCCCCCUUGCUCGCUUUCCUUGCGCCCGGUCAAAGUCUGGCUUCCCAACUCUAUCUCUCGUCACCUCCGUCACUCCUUCUUUGGCGACUUGCUCUGCUGUCAACUCUGGAACUACGCAUAGUGGCAUACGACUUGUGCUACUCGAACUCCCUGGCUUGCAUCUGUAUGCCUGCCUUUCUUUCAGGUCUCUCACCCCUGCGAAAAUCCGACAAAACAAAUCAGAGACCUUUUCGCCGCUCAACGCUCAACAACGCAACGGCCGAGUCGCCUCCCCAGAUUUGAAAAUUUCUUGCCCGAAUCGAGCCCACCCCCACUACAAGGCUUCAUCAUUCCGAUUUUGCACCACUUCACACCUGUCAUGGUCCUUCCCUAACAGACUAGCAUCGAUCGAAAACACAACAUCUGCCGUCAAUCAAAGUUUGGACCAAGACUCACCGCCACCCUUGCUUGAUUUACCUGACCAUCGCCCGUCACACAGUUGGCUCUUGGUCAAUCAUUUCUCAUUUCCUCCUCCUGGGAUACCGGCUUGGUUCAGCCCUGGUCAUCCAUCAGCACACCGAUGUUGAUAAUCUGGCAGCUCUCUAUUGCCAUCUGGAGUGUUUGAGCAUCCUUCUACUGGCACCCAAUGGGAAACUCCCAGGGCAAGCCCGUGGUUUUGACCGACGAAGUCAACCUCAACCAUUUCCGACUCCUGCGAGUGGUUGGAAAAGGCGCUUUUGGCAAAGUCCGCAUCGUCGAACGCAAAGAUUCUGGACUGACGUUUGCCCUCAAAUAUAUUCGCAAGGAUGAAGUCGUACGGUCCGAAAGUGUCCGGAACAUUAUCCGAGAACGACGCAUGUUGGAGCAUCUAAACCACCCAUUUCUAUGCAAUCUGCGCUACAGCUUCCAGGAUGUCGAGUACCUGUACCUGGUGGUGGAUCUUAUGAACGGUGGUGAUCUGCGCUUUCACAUUCAGCGCAAGGCUUUCACCGAGGAGGCGGUCCGGUUUUGGAUGGCGCAAUUGGCCUGCGCUUUACGAUACAUUCACAGCCAAGGCAUCGUCCAUCGUGACCUCAAACCUGACAAUGUGCUUUUGGAUUCUGACGGCCACGUGCAUCUUGCUGAUUUCAACGUCGCCUCAGAUUUCAAGCCGGGGAAACCAUUGACCAGCAAAUCCGGCACAUUAGCAUACCUCGCACCUGAGGUCUUCCGAGGAUCAGGAUAUUACAGCGAAGUGGACUGGUGGUCCCUUGGAGUCACCAUGUUCGAAUGUAUCUACGGAAAGCGCCCCUUUGAAGGCAAGACACACGACGAGCUCGCCGAGUCCAUCACCGCAGCCAAUCCUCACUACUUCAUCACCAAACCUCCCGUUAGCAUGCCCUGCAUGCACGCAAUGACCAGUCUAAUCGAAAGGGAUCGAAGAAGGCGGAUCGGCGCAACCGGGUUUGAGUCGUUUACUUCACACCCAUUUUUCCAACCCAUCAACUUUGAAGCGCUCGAGAGGAAACAGAUUCCGCCCAUAUUUGUCCCAUCUAGCGAGAAGACCAACUUUGAUGCCACCUAUGAUCUAGAAGAGCUCCUCCUCGAAGAGGCCCCACUCGAGGCUCGAGCGCGGAAGCAGAAGCCUCGCGCAGAGCUGCGCAACGAUGCAACGUCAAGAGAGAUUCGUGAGGACGAAUUGCACCGUAUGAUCGAAACCAUGUUUGAGCCUUUUGAUUAUACACUUGCCAGUUACGAUGUGAGUGCCGCCGCAGCCGUCGAAGGCACGGUUCCCGAUGAAGACCCACAACUCGUCGCGACCGCCGCGCAGCCUGCAUCACUAUCAAAUCCUGUCUCACCGGAGGGAUCACCGCCCCUUUCGCCCACUACCGCAUCCAUUCCUAUCUCGAAUGAAAACUACCCCCCACUAGAAGGAUUGAAGGCAUCAAACCACCCUGAAGCACGUCCAGCACCAGGAGCCUCGAAAUCGUUCAGCCGACCGCUGCCACCACAACGACCGUCAGCAGCGACUAGGCAAACGAGCAAAGGCGGAGGAGUGCAUAUGGUGUUGGACGAAUCAGGAAGCUGGACGAAUCUCGCCGAUCAAUCUAUGCCAGCAGGAAUGGAAGGCGGAGACAGCAACACCAAAUACGACAAGGCUGGAGGAAGUAUGCUAGGGUUCCUUAGCCGGAAGAAGGGUCGAGACCGGAGCCCAAAGCCGAAAGAAGCUGGCGUUCUAGGCAAGAUCGGAGCUCGACACAUCAUUAGUUGAGAAGGGCGUCACUUCCGAGUCGAGCGCGAAUUCGACCCGCCUCACCAACCAUGGAUCGCACGCCUAGGCGGAGGACUUGAUGUGGGAUACAUGAAUAAUGAAUUGGGUUUUGGCUGGCGUGUUGCAUUUCCUUUGCACAUAGCGAUACUCAUCAACGGGGAGCAUUUUAUAUGGCACAAGUGCACAAGCACGCGGGCAUUACAUCACACUUGACCCUAGAUGGAGCUAGGUGUCUAAGUCGCGGUGUCCGUCGGCCAAGGGUGCAUACAAAUCCACGCGUGGUUAUCCAACAUGGGUAUACCAGGCAUUUUGAUCCAAGGAGUCGAGUGGUACUAUACAUGGAUGGGGAUGGGAUCAAAUCAUGAAGCGGUGAGAGAGAGAUGAUAAUCUUGUAAUUUUAUAGUACUUUUAGUUGGUCAAAACAACGGCCCAACAGCAGUCACAUGCAUACCGCAACGAGUGGUGGGAAAGGACGAAAGAUGGGGAAUACGCGGUGUUCACAUACCACACAACUCGGUUGACACUGACAGAAUGAGGGAAAGAGAAUAAUAG